CGAUAUUGGUAUCCCUCGAUAUCGAUAUGGCCAAUCUCCAUAUCGGUAUCCCUCGAUAUCGGGAGCACGCAUUUGCGGCAAGUAAGCCACGUGGCAAGUACGCGACGUGGCAAGUGCGACCUCACCAUAUAGUCUCGCGUGGCAAGUGCGCCCUCACCGAAUCCCCCGCUAUGGGAACGCAUUUGCCACGUGGAGUACUUGCCCCAUCAUCUAGUCCCACAUGGCAAGUGCGGAGGUGGCGACCUCGAGGUGGCGAUGGGAUCGGGAUGGCAACGCCCAGGUGGCGUACUUGCCACGUGGUGAUGGGAGAGGGAUGGCAACGCCGAGAUGGCAACGUCGAGGUGGCGACGCCACGUGGCGAUGGGAGCGGGAUGGCAACGCCGAGGUGGCGAUGGGAUCGGGAGCGGGAUCGGGAAGCAAAGGUGGCCACGGGCGCGGGAUCGGGAUCGGAAAGCGGAGGUGGCGAUGGGUUCCACACUUCGCACGUGCCAAACAUCGCACGUGGCGCACUUUCCACAUCGCCACGUGGCGUACUUGCUUCAUCAUCUAGUCCCACGUGGCAAGUACGGAGGUGGCGACGCCGAGGUGGCGACGGGAGCAGGAUGGCGAAGCCGAGGUGGCGACGCCAUCUCGGCGAUGGCGUCGAGGUGGCGUACUUGCCCCAUCAUCUAGUCCCACGGGCAAGUGCGGAGGUGGCGACGCCGAGGUGGCGACGGGAGCGGCAAGUACGCCACGUGGCAAGUGUGGCCUCACCAUAUAGUCCCACGUGGCAAGUGCUGAGGUGGCGGCGGGAGCAGCAAGUACGCCACGUGGCAAGUGCGGCCUCACUGUAUAGUCCCACGUGGCAAGUGCGGAGGUGGCAACGGGAGCGGGAGCGGGAAGCGGAGGUGGCGACGCCGAGAUGCGGAGAUCCUAUCGUAAAGGUCGUGAUCGCGGUCGCGCUGAUCAAGGUCGGGAUCAAGGUCGAUAUCGCGCUGAUCAAGGUCGCGAUCGCGUUGAUCAAGGUCGGGAUCGUGAUCAAGGUCGCGAUCGCACUGAUCAAGGUCGGGAUCAAUCGGCGAUCCCGACUUGAUCAAGGUCGGGAUCGUGAAAGAGAGAGCGAUCAAGGUCGGGAUCGUGUCUAGAUCACCGUAGGGGGUUUGCUACGUGGCCACUGCGCAAGGAGAAUGAGGGCGUGGGCAGGCGACCAAUCAAUCAAUCAACCAAUC